UUUUGUAUAUAUAGGUCUCUGUGUGUGUUUGUAUGUGCGCAGCCAUUGGUGUUUGACAAUUUGUCUCUGUAGAUGUUUAGAUAUGGUGGAUAGGAGGGUAGAGGCGGUGGCUCGCCUCAAAGCUCUGCCCUCUCUCUCCACCCCACCCCUCGCUUAAGGUUGCGUUGAAGGAGGUUAUCGAGAAGGUUCUCGCUGAGCCGAUACGGCUUCAUUUGGUUGUGGCUAAUAUUGGAACUGGGUCUCGUAUGACAUUUGCAAGCAUAUAUAAAAAAAAAAUUGGGGUCCAGUGUUCCAUUCAUCAUUUCUACUUCAAGUGGAAUUUUUGGAAGAGAUGCUAUUACCCAUGAAUUCAAAGAGGUGGGGAGAGGUUUGUGGUGAUGGAAGUGAUGAAGAUUGCUCUAUACCAGCAAAGGAUGUGACCUAUGACAUCCUUUUGACUGUUGGCUUUGUGCCAGGAUUGAAAGUUGAUGCCAUCCUGCUAUUACGAACAAUAAAGAUAUGGAACUGUUCAUGUGAUGAAGCCGAUAUUCGUGUUCAUCAGUUCUUUAAAACAUCAUAUUUCAAGACCGGGAUUCACCCACUCCCAGGAACCUCGAGAAGUCUUGCUUGAUAAAUUCAUCAUGGAUAUUAAGGAUUACACAGCCUCUGAAAAUUGUUGCACAAGUUCUAGAUAAGGAGAAUCUAACCCCGAGUGGCUCCAAGCUUACAGUAACAUGAAAUAACAGAACUAACGGUACUCAUCUGAGAUCAAAUCGUUGCUUAGAAGGCUUGGUGUGGAGCCGAUCGAGAUUGACUUGGAUGAACUGGAUUAGAGCAAUCAAAUGGAGCUUCACAGGAUAAGUGUGUGAGGUUGUGCAGUAGAGGUUCCCAUGCAGAGGAGGAAAACUGCUGCAAGUGGAGGAUAGGUAACAGCUCAAGACUUGUGGUAUGAGGGUGCAGGUAAACAGUACAUAUGCAUCUGGAAAAAGUAAAAAGUAAAGGCCGGUUGGCUGUAGUUUCUCCUUCUUGCCACAAUAGAAAAUAUUUUUGAACUGCAUUAAGCUGUUAAUAAAUUAAGCUUAAGCUAUAUUUUACUUAUCAAGAAUGGGUAAACUGUUUUAAAUAGGAAAAUUAAGUGCUUAUAUCAAGUAAACUGUAAAUUUAAAAUUUUGUGGUAAAUUAGAUAUAUAGUUUAAUUCGAAGAAUUGAGUUGUCCUUUACUUAUGUUAAAUUAUAUAGUUUAAUUGCUUUUCCUUUUUCCAAUCCCUAUAUAUCUGCUCAACUCUUCGGUCAAUUAUUUGCCAGUAGGAAUGUUUAAUUGCUUUAUCAAUGAUGUCAAUUCAAUUUGAAGAAGAAAUAUGACUUUUGUUCAAUAGGGAUUGGCCUAUCUCAUGAGUAAGAUGUCCCAAUUGUUCAUUUGUUCUUAGGUACUUCAAUAUCAUUUUAGUUACUUUAUGUGGAAACAAUUCAUGUAUGUUGCGACUAAUCUAUCAACAUCCCCGCAAAACACGGACGCAUUUUUAAAUCAAUACAAUUACAGUAAUUUAUGGAAAUAAAAAAUAUCGAAAACUCUGAGUGGCUGAAAGUAUGGCGGUGGGAGGGUCAAGUACGUUAUUACAUCAUUACUUCUUUGUGGUUGGUCCAGUAGGUGCCAAAACAUGAAUUCCACGUAUAAUGAUGAAAAGUUGAGAGGGACUUGGAUCCUCUCCUUGAGCCCCAGGAGAGGAUCCUCCUGAUCAAAGUAUUUGGACCGUUGGAUGAAAAUUCAACGAUUUCAAACAGGAGGAUCCUUUUAAAGUUAUAAUAAUUAUAGUCGUUGAAUUUUCAUCCAACAGUUCAAGUGCUUUGGUCAGGAAGAUCCUUUCCUUGAGCUCAGGAGAGGAUCCAAAUCCAUUUGAGGGGUACCCCUUAGAAAAAGUCCAGUGACACCUAUGAGUUUAUGUCACAAAGAAAUUUAAAAUACAGAAUCUUUCUUUCUUCAAAUGGAAUUGGUCUCUUCGAGGUUUUAUUAUAUAUAAAAAAUAUAAAAAAAAGGGAUUGGUCUAUUUCUCGAUUUAAUACAAGAUAGUGACCAACCAAUGAUUUGUUAAACUAUGAAACACAAUAGAGUCGCUAACCCUAAAACCAUAUUAAUAGUUGAAGGCUAAUCAAAAAAGAAAAAUACAAAGAUUAGAGAAUGGCAUGAAAGAAGAAGUGAGCUGAGAAAGAAGAGAGAUGAAUGUAAUUGUUUGGAUUCAAUUCAAUGUAAUGAGAGUCAUUUUACAACAUGUUAUUCUAACACAUUUGAAAAACUAACAGACUUGUAACAAACUUAACCACUCUAAGUUGACAUGGCAAGGACCAAUACACAUGAACCACAUGCAUAACUGCAAUUCUACUCUGUUUAUGCUUCUCAGUGAUAUUAGUCUCUAUUUGAUUGGAGGAGAUCUCUAGUUAUGACUGAUAUGAAUUGUAAAAAGUGUGCAUUUGUUGUGAGUUUGAAACUAAAUUGUGGCUAGCAUCAUUGGAAGAGUAGCCGCAAUUGAAGAUGAGAAUAGAGAAAAUCGGUUAAGGUGAUUUAGAUAUGUGAACCGAAGAUCUAUAUGGUUAGAAAAUGUGAUUAUGAGAUAGAUGCUCAGAACAAAAGAGCAAAGAAAGAUAUAAGAAGAUUUGGAAAGAGUGUUUAAAAAAAAAACAUGAAAUACUUGAAACUAACAAAAAAUUUAGUGCAAAAUCAAGCAUAAUGACCUUAUAAAAUUAUUUAUAUAGCCGAUCAUAUUUAACGAGAUAAAACUUGUUAUUGGUGUAAUGAGAGUCAAAUCAAAUACUAUUCGCCAUAAUUGGUCAAGGGAACAAAACGUGCAAUUCUAAUUAAGGGUCAAUAGUGACAUUUGACUCAAGGAACAAAGGUCUUUUGUUUAAUUUGAUUUUUCUUAGCAUCUUCCACCUCAUCUAGUCUAUGAAAACCAGUCAUUGAAGACAGGUUGACAAUUUCUGCACGGGCAAGAGAGAAAUGGGAUCCUCAAGAUCAUUGCUUAUCUUCAUCUUUCCAAUUCUUUUCAACCUUAUUCCUCCCACCGCUUCCCAAGAUGACGGUAUCUGCACAUAUAAUCCUUACUACUGCUGGAAAUGUUCCGAUACCGGCACCUACACGCCCGGCGGCAUGUACCAAAAGAACCUCAACAGCCUCCUCUCCUCCUUCACCACAAACACCGAAAUCAGUUCCGGGUUUUACAAUUUUUCCAAGGGACAAGACCCCAACAAAGUUAACGCCAUUGCAUUGUGCAGAGGAGACCUCUCUCAGGACGCUUGCCGUACACGUCUCAAAGAUUCUAUAAAUGCUCUCUUGCAAAAUUGUUCUACUCAUCCAAAGGAAGCAAUCAUGUGGACAGAGCAUGCUAUGGUUCGAUACUCGAACAACUUGAUAUUCGGAAUUGAGAAAGAGGACCCUAUAAAAUUUGUGCCUGGCCCAAAUCCUGCUAAGGAUCCUGCACGGUUUGACCUGGUGCUUAACUCCUUGUUGAGUAGAUUAAUUGAAAAAGCUGCAUCAGGGGACUCUACUAAAAAAUUUGCAGCAGGUCAUGCAACUGUCCCGGGAGGUGAAACUAUAUAUGCACUUGUCCAGUGCACACCAGAUAUAAACGAACUAAACUGCAGCCAUUGCCUUACAGAAGCAGUCGAAGAUAUUUCCGCAUGUUGUGGUGGAAAGAAAGGAGGAAGAGUUCUUAAGCCCAGCUGUAACCUAAGGUAUGAGGUUAGUCUUUUCUUUGAGUCCACAGCCGGUGUGCCAGUAAAUAUUCCACCUCCAGGUCCAGCAGCACCAGCACCCAAAGAAGCUGCAAAGAAGAGUAACACAAAAGUAAUUAUCAUCAUCGUGGUGGUCGUGGUUUUGAUCGCUUUUGUGACCAUCCUCAGCAGCAUAUGCGUUUACUUGAGAGUGAAGAAACGAGGGGUAAAACUUGAAGUUGAAGAUAAGGAUAACUCAGAUGAAAUCAGUUUUGUGGAAUCGUUGAAAUAUGACUUUGACACUAUAAGAUCUGCAACGGAUGACUUCUCUGAUGCAAAUAAGCUUGGAAGCGGUGGAUUUGGAGCUGUUUACAAGGGAAGGCUACAAAAUGGGCAACUUAUAGCCGUAAAAAGGCUCGCUAAGAAUUCUGAACAAGGCGAUCGUGAAUUUUCGAAUGAGGUCAUGCUACUUGCUCAACUUCAACACCGAAAUUUAGUCAGGCUCCUAGGAUUUUGCUUAAAAGCUGAAGAAAGACUCCUCAUUUACGAAUACGUGGCAAACCAAAGUCUUGAUCACUUCAUUUUUGGCCCCAACAAUCAUAUGCAUUUGGAUUGGGAUACACGGUACAAGAUCAUAGGAGGCAUUGCUCGAGGGAUUCUUUACCUUCACGAAGAUUCUCGUGUUCGAAUUAUUCAUCGUGAUCUCAAAGCGAGCAACAUUUUGUUAGAUGAAGAUAUGAACCCAAAAAUUGCUGAUUUUGGUAUGGCAAGAUUGUUUGCUAUUGAUCAAACUCAAGGAAAUACAAAAGCAAUUGUGGGAACCUAUGGAUAUAUGGCUCCUGAGUAUUUACAUCAUGGGAAUUUAUCUGUAAAAACGGAUGUCUUCAGUUUCGGUGUCCUGAUUCUUGAAAUUGUUAGUGGUAAAAAGAUUGGUCGCUUUCGACACAGUGAGAAUGGAGAGAGCCUUCUAAGCUAUGCCUGGAGAAAUUGGAGGGAGUCUACAAUUUCAAAUGUCAUAGAUCCCAUGUUGACAACGAGUUCAAGAAUCGAAACGACGAGAUGCAUCCACAUUGGUUUACUUUGUGUACAAGAAAAUGUUGUCAACAGACCGACAUCAGCUUCGGUUGUAUCCAUGCUUAAUAGCCAUUCUGUCACGCUUUCAGUACCCUCAAAACCUGCAUUUCAUAUGCAAAACAACAGUGGAUCGGACCUGACAUUGGUAGAGUCUGAAGAAUCCGAAUUCAGAACCCCUUCGGUCUAUGUGUCAACAAAUGAGCCUUCAAAUAUUACCGAGCCUAAUGCUCACUAGUUAUGAACCAUAUGGUAACAUACUUAUUAUUUAUUUUGCAGCACAAGUCAUCAUUUUGUAUUCUUGUUUCAUGUUGCUUUAGAUAUGUAACUGUUUAUCUCCAUGGGGGAGUUAUCUUUCUAUUAAUUAAUUGAUCUCUGCUUUCGAGCUGCAACCAAGUUACUCGAUGAAUAAAGCUGGAAUUACGAUUCAUUUCCGAACA